AAGAGGCGAAGUACUAUACUGUAAUAAGAAAUUAACCAUGAAACUACACAUCUCUUCAAAUACAUUGGAAAAUAAGCUCUCAGCAAUAACAGCUCUAGGGCAGAUCCCAUGGUACAACACGCUUAGAGGACACUGACUAUUGAAGAUGGGUUUACAGCUACUUUACAUCACUGGAGAAGCACAAAGCAGAUGAAGUGUACUGAUGAAUCUUGGCCUUAAUUUUCAGUUGACUUAUUAGAGAAACUAGCUCUUUGAAAGGAAUGGCUGAUGAGAAAAAGGAAGCCAUUCGCCUCCUUGCAGUUGAAAUGUUGAAUCGCCAACACUGUUAUAAAGAAAAAUAUAACCACACUGAGACAUUCAAAGACAGGAUUGACCAGCGAACAAAGGCACUACAUUCCACUCAAGAGGAUCUUAAAAAAACAAGCAAGAAAUACAGUCAACAGCAUGAACAAAUAAUUCAAAAGUUCAAGGAUAAAGUUGACUGUCAUCAAAAUGAGAAGCUUGAGAUAAUGAAAUAUCAAUACAAUGAAAAAUCUUCCAAAGUUGAAGAAUGUGAGCGGAUCAUAUGGGAACAAAAAGCUGAAUCUGCUAAUGCACUUGACCAACAAACAAAAAAGUAUGUUCUUGAAACUGAAAAGCUAGGAAAGACCUUACAGUCAUUGCAUCUGGAUGUAAUAGCUUCCCAGCAGAAACACAAAGUGGAACUUGCUCAGCUAGAACAGCAGAUAACACAGCUUGAAAGGGACCUUACAGAUGCCAAGAAACUUUGUAGUCAAAAAGACCAGGCAAUACGCAAAAGAGAUGACCUUCUGACAAAGUCGGAAGCUGAUCUCCUGCAGGCAAGGGAAGGUAUCAAAGCUAAAGUUGCUGAGGUGGAGCACCUUGACAGUGUGGUCAAGAAACUGAAAGCAAGUAUCCAGGACACACAGAAAGAAAAGAAUCAGAAGAAGAUAGAAGCCAUCAUACUGAGAACUGAGAUUCAGCAGCUAAAUCAGGAACUGCAGGAUGUGCAUAAGCAGUACAGAGAGACAGCUCCAGAACUUGCCAGUCAAGAUGAAAAACUUCUUCUAAUGGAAUCCAGCUUGAAAGGAACUCAAGAGCAGCUAAGUGAGCAAAUAACAGAAACAGUUCGCCAAGAACAGAACAGUAGAAAAUCACAGACAGAGCUGAACACCCUGAGAGAACAUAUUAUAGCUUCUGAAGAAGGAAUUAGGGAUUACAAAGAAAUGCUUAAAAAACUUCCAUUACUGUUAACAGCAUCAAAGACAGCACAACAGCAAAAGUUUCAUGAAGCUCUCAACAUCCAGCAGUUAGAACCAGUAUCAGCCACGGAACAAGUAAAACAUCUGAAACAACAACUCUGCAAGUCUGAAGAACAGUGCCAACAAGAGGACCAGCAAAGGCAAACUGUCAGGCUGAACAGCACUUCAUAGAAUUGGAAAAGGAGGUGAAGAAUUUCAGACACAAAUAGAGAAAUGAUGCUCAAAUG